AACCAACUGAGCUGAGCAAGAAGGCAAGCACCAAUCAGCCAGCAGUCCAGCACAAUAUCAUGAACAAGCGUCAGGUCGCCGCGGCGGUGGCUGCCCUCCUGGCGCUGCUAGCCGCAUCAUCGACGGCCGGCGCCGUGACGUUCGACGCGACGAACACGGCGUCCGAUACCCCCGGCGGGCAGCGGUUCGACCAGGCCGUCGGCCUCGACUACGCCAAGCAGGUCCUGUCCGACGCGUCCACGUUCAUCUGGAACACCUUCGACCAGCCCAGCCCCGCCGACCGCAAGCCCGUCGACGCGGUGACCCUCGUCGUCGAGGACAUCGGCGGCGUGGCCUUCACGAGCGCCAACGGGAUCCACCUCAGCGCGCAGUACGUCGGCGGCUACUCCGGCGACGUCAAGACCGAAGUCACCGGCGUGCUGUACCACGAGACAACGCACGUGUGGCAGUGGGACGGGCAGGGCCAGGCGAACGGCGGCCUCAUCGAGGGCAUCGCCGACUACGUCCGGCUGAAGGCGGGGUACGCGCCGGGCCACUGGGUGCAGCCGGGGCAGGGGGACCGGUGGGACCAGGGGUACGACGUCACGGCGAGGUUCCUGGACUACUGCGACUCGCUCAAGCCGGGCUUCGUCGCGCUGCUCAACGCCAAGAUGAAGGACGGCUACACCGACGACUUCUUCGCCCAGAUCCUGGGCAAGACCGUGCAGCAGCUGUGGCAGGACUACAAGGCUAAGUACGGGGGCUGAUGAUGGUGAUGCAAAUUGGUGGCGGUGCGAAGUCAACGCGUCAAUGGCUCAAUGCGUUUGGUAUGAGAUGCUAUUAUGUGCUAGUACGUACACUCUGUGUGUAAAAUAUAUAGAGAAAAUAAAAGGGAUCGGAUAAUUAAA